AUGCUCCCGCUCGUGGAAAACAACACCGGCACCACGCAUGUCAUCCUUGCCGCCAUUCAUCUAAAUGAAGAACCGGGUAACAUCACGCUCAAUGAUGACCCGGCUGACAGUCCUAAGUUCGACCCGCUAUGGGCCGAAGUGCCCCUGGUAAAGCAGGGUGGUCUGAAGGUGAUGGGUAUGCUCGGCGGUGCGGCGCAAGGCUCUUUCCGGCGACUCGACGGCGACUCGGACCAAUUUGAGAGAUACUACGGUCCUCUUCGGGAUAUAGUUCGCCGCUAUGAACUGGAUGGAUUGGAUCUCGACGUUGAAGAGGAAAUGUCCCUCCAAGGCGUCAUACGGCUCAUUGAUCGCCUCAAGACCGACAUGGGCGACAAUUUCAUUAUCUCAUUGGCCCCCGUUGCAGCUGCAUUACUGGGUGUUGGAAAUCUGUCGGGCUUUGACUAUCGAGAGCUCGAGCAGGCGAGAGCUUCCAAGAUCGCCUGGUACAAUGCGCAGUUCUACAACGGCUGGGGCCCCGCAGAGGACCCUCGCAUGUAUGCAGCGAUCAUCGCACAGGGUUGGGCCCCCCGUCGAGUUGUUUACGGUUUAUUGACAAAUCCUGGCAAUGGAUCGCAGGGCUACGUGCCUCAAGAGAAGAUUGGACCCGUCCUUGGCACAUUGGUCCAGCAGUUCCCGACUUUUGGUGGUGUGAUGGGCUGGGAGUUUUUCAAUGCACUUCCUGGGGAACGGGACAAGCCGUGGCAAUGGGCAGCGCAAAUGUCGCUCAGUAUGGGUAUGAAAGAUGUUUUGACAGCGGCUGGCCAGUUGGUGAUGGGAUCGACGGUGCAAAACAUGCUGCGUAGCAUGCAAGGCCAGCGAUAA